UUCCUCUCAACAAUCCCAGCUGUACCCCAUAUAAUAUUCCACCCAUUUUUUUCUCUUUCAUUUUUUCUUUUCCUCUCUUUCUAAACACACAUUCUUCAUCUCCCUAAAACCCAAUACUGCCUGCCCUGGCCACUCCACACCAAUCUUCUUUUUUUCUCUCUUUUUUGAAUGCAAUGGGCAACUGUUGCUCUCAAGGCAAGAACAAUGAUGCCCCACCCAAGAUCGAAAAGAGAGAAUCCAUCCCAAGUAACAAUCAGAACAAUGUAGGCAUCAAUGGCACAAACUCCACAACAAGCCAUGCAAAGCCUGUUUCUUCUAUUGCCCCGGGAACUCCUCUGGUGCCUCCUAAGGCAGCUGCCCCGAUAGGCCCCGUGUUAGGCCGGCCUAUGGAAGAUGUCCGGUCCUUGUACACCAUUGGAAAAGAACUUGGCCGAGGUCAAUUUGGUGUCACACAUUUGUGUACUAACAAGGCGACAGGCGAGCAACUAGCUUGUAAGACCAUAGCCAAGAGGAAACUUGUGAAUAAGGAAGAUAUUGAGGAUGUUAGAAGAGAGGUUCAAAUCAUGCACCACUUGACGGGUCAGCCUAAUAUUGUGGAACUCAAAGGUGCUUAUGAAGAUAAGCAUAAUGUUCAUUUGGUCAUGGAGUUGUGUGCUGGAGGAGAACUUUUUGAUCGUAUUAUUGCUAAGGGUCAUUACACUGAACGUGCUGCAGCAUCGUUGCUUAGAACAAUUGUUCAAAUCGUGCACACUUGUCAUUGUAUGGGAGUCAUCCAUAGGGAUCUCAAACCUGAGAAUUUCCUCUUGCUGAAUAAGGAUGAGAAUUCACCACUCAAGGCUACGGAUUUCGGUCUAUCUGUUUUCUACAAACAAGGAGAAGUAUUCAAAGACAUUGUUGGUAGCGCAUAUUACAUUGCACCUGAGGUCUUAAAGAGGAGAUAUGGACCAGAAGUGGAUAUAUGGAGUGUUGGGGUCAUGUUGUAUAUCCUUCUAUGUGGUGUCCCUCCUUUUUGGGCUGAAGCGGAACAGGGUAUUUUCAAUGCUAUCUUGCGUGGCCACGUUGAUUUUACAAGCGACCCAUGGCCCUCCAUUUCACCUGCAGCUAAAGACCUUGUCAGGAAAAUGCUGAAUUCAGACCCCAAGCAAAGGUUGACAGCCUUCCAAGUUCUCAAUCAUCCAUGGAUCAAAGAGGAUGGAGAAGCACCUGAUACUCCUCUUGACAAUGCAGUGCUGAAUAGACUCAAGCAGUUCAGAGCUAUGAAUAAGUUCAAGAAAGUUGCUCUUCGGGUCAUUGCUGGUUGUUUAUCAGAGGAAGAAAUCAUAGGAUUGAAAGAAAUGUUCAGGGGUAUAGAUACUGACAACAGUGGAACCAUAACACUUGAAGAGCUAAAGCAUGGACUUGCUAAGCAAGGGACAAAAUUAUCUGAAUAUGAGGUCAAACAAUUAAUGGAAGCUGCUGAUGCUGAUGGUGAUGGGACUAUAGAUUAUGAUGAGUUCAUCACAGCAACGAUGCACAUGAACAGGAUGGAUAGAGAAGAACAUCUUUAUACUGCCUUCCAAUACUUUGACAAGGAUAACAGCGGGUACAUCACAAUUGAUGAGCUAGAGCAAGCUCUCCACGAAUAUGGCAUGCAUGAUGGAAGAGACAUAAAGGAAAUCAUUUCCGAAGUUGAUGCCGAUAAUGAUGGCCAUAUCAACUACGAUGAAUUUGUGGCAAUGAUGAGAAAAGGAAACCCAGAAGCAAACCCGAAGAAGAGACGUGAUAAUCUAAAUCUUUGAAUUUGCAAUGGUCCAUGGUGAGGAAAAGAGAAAGAUUGCCAAUUGUGUCACCCUAGUUAUUUUUUAUUUUUAUUUUUUGUUGGUAUUUUUGGAGAAGCAAAGUGGGUGAAAUUUCAAUUUUGGUGGAAGGUCAUGUACAUUAUCUUUGGAUAGGUGAAGGAAAUGUGAGGGGGUUAUGGGUUGAGGAGUGGCUCAAGAACAAAUGUAUUGGUGGCAUUUAGGGUUAUGAAGUUUGAAAAGGGUUUGGUUUGGUCAAUUCUCUCCCUAUUGUGAAAUUGUGAACUUCCAGAAUAGUCACAGGCUUGCUAAUUCUAUGGGCCUUUUCUAAUGUAUCUUUCUUAUACGCCAUUAGUGUAGGCAUAAUUACUGUUAUUCUUGAUGACUUGCUAAUGAGAGAUUUGAUAUUCUUUGUA